AUGCCCGUAGAAAAUUUAGAAGAGGAUGGGUUAGAAAAGAACCCGAAAUUAAUUUUGGCGCAAUGGAAGUUUCUUUUAGCCUCACCUGAUUUUAUUCAGAAGAAAGAGGUCGCCAUCCGUCUUAUGGAUAGUAUACGUGAAGACAGAGGCUGCCCUCAGUGCAUUUCAGAAGACGUACGAGAAAACUGUAUCCCUCGGCCACCGUCUGGACAUUGUUUUCCACCUCAUUCGCAUAGGGUUUUUUUAUUUGGACCACGACUUAAUCACGAAGAACAUCGAGAAAGCGCAAAGAACGGCGGCGACUGGGACCGGCGCAACCGGCUGAAGGUGUACCAGGGCACGCACUGCCUGCUGCUGCGCCAUUUCCGCGCCGCCGCCGCGCUCUUCCUCGACACCACCUCCACCUUCACGUCGUACGAGCUCAUGGACUACAACGGCUUCGUGCGCUACACCGUCUACAUCUGCAUGCUCACGCUGCCCAGGAACGAGCUGCGGGACAAGAAAGUUUUGCGUUACAUUCGUGGAACAUACGUUUUCUCGUUUGGUGUUAUACUGGCCGCCAGUUUGGAAGUAGAAUGGCCGGAGAUGCGCAGUAACAAGGAAAACCCACAAGCGAAUGGGCUUCAGUCUUUUAUUCACUAG